AUGUCGACCACCCCCCUCAUGCAGCAACAAACCACCGACGCCCCCACCCUCACCAUCACCGUCCUCGGCUGCGGCACCAUGGGCGUCGCCAUCCUCUCCGGCAUCCUCGCCUCCCUCACCUCCUCCCCCUCCGGCACGGGCACCUCAACCCCCAACGCCCUCCUCCCCACCCGCUUCCACGACACGGACGAGUCCACGCCCCCCGUCCUGCCCUCCCGCUUCGUCUGCUGCGUCAAGCGCCCCGAGAGCGCCCAGCGCGUCAAGAAGGCCUUCGUGCACUACGGCGACGCCGUAACCGUCCUCACAAAGGACAACGUCCACGGCGCGCAGGCCGCCGACGUGGUGCUCCUUGGGUGUAAGCCGCAGAUGUACCAGGAGAUCCUGGGCGAGGAGGGCAUGGCCGCGGCGCUGGAGGGGAAGCUCCUCGUGUCCAUUUUGGCCGGAGUGAAGAUUGAGCAGCUGCGCGCGGUGGUGCCGGCGAGUACUAGGGUCGUCAGGGCGAUGCCGAAUACUGCGUCGAAGAUCCGCGAAUCCAUGACCGUCAUCUCCACGGCCGACGACCUCCCCAACGAGGAGAAGACCCUCGUCUCCUGGAUCUUCAGCCAGAUCGGCAAAUCCCUCAUCCUCGGCGAGAAGCACAUGGACGCGUGCACGGCGCUGUGCGGGUCCGGCCCCGCCUUCUACGCCCUGUUCAUCGAGGCCAUGGCCGACGGUGGCGUCAUGAUGGGCCUGCCGAGGGCGGAGGCGCAGAUGAUGGCUGCUCAGACGAUGCAAGGCGCGGGCCGCCUUGUGCUGUCGGGACAGCACCCGGCAAUCAUCAGAGAGCAGGUAUCGACGCCGGCGGGGUGCACUAUUGGCGGCCUGCUUAUGCUAGAGGAUGGCGGGGUGCGGAGUACGAUCGCGAGGGCGAUCCAGGAGGCUACCAAUAUGGCUGCUGGGCUGGGAAGCUCGAAGAAGAAAUAG